CAUUUACUUUCCCUUCUCUUUUCUUCCUUCUUACCCAUUCUUCAUCCAAACCAAACCAUCACAAGAGAGAGAAACAAAAAAAAACGAAAAUUCCACACAGAAAAAGAAAAGAAAUUAGCGAAACCGCGUUGAUAGCAAAAAAAAAUAAAACUAGAAGACUCUGAUCAAAGAAAAUGAAGAAAAACUGCGAACUCUGCAAACUUCCGGCUAGAACUUUCUGUGAGUCCGACCAGGCUAGCUUAUGCUGGGACUGCGAUUCUAAGAUCCACAGUGCAAAUUUCCUUGUUGCCAGACACGUGAGGACUCUCCUCUGUCACCGGUGCCAGUCUCCGACGCCGUGGAAAGCCUCCGGUGCUAGGCUUAGUAACGCGCUUUCUCUGUGCGAAACGUGCGGCCGCGGUGGUGGUGGAAGGAAAUUGGAAGGUGAGCAGGAGGAAGAGAGUGAAGGUGACAAUGAGGAGGACGAUGAGGUUGAUACUGAUUUUGAUGAGGAAGAGGAAGAGGAAGAGGAGGUUGACGGUGAUGAGGAUGGUGAUAAUCAGGUGGUUCCUUGGUCUUCUACGGCGGAGCCGCCGGCGGCUUCGAGUUCUUCCGGUAGCGAAGAGUCGGUUAGUAAGUGCAACGAUAACGAUGAGGAGGUUGUUUCGAAGUUAGUUACAACAAACUUAGUUUCUCUGAAACGACGUCGUGAGGAGGAUCGUGAUUUUCAGGCUUCAGAUUCGAAAAUUUGUGUAAAUCAACGUAGGUACGGUGCUGAGAGGAGGAGAUGCGACGGAGAACCGCCGUGGAAGGCGUCGAUCCGGCAAGUAAGUGACGGAAAAGCCCCGGAGAAUUCUCAGCCGCACGAUUGACUUGACCGUGCAAUAAGGGAUAUUAUUUUAUUUGUGAUCUCUUUGAUUAACUUUCGCUAACGAAACUUUUCAGAUUUUUAUAAUGUAAUAUGCAUUAGUUUAUUUUUUUGUUUAUUUGUAAUGAUAUUUUGAGGAUUAUGGUUUGUGAUUAAUUAGUUUUUUUUUGCAUUGCAAAAGUAGAGUAAUAUUUUUGUUGUUAAUAUAAUUAGGUAUGUUUUGAAAAGAAGAUAAAAAUCAGAUUAUGAAAUUUAAUGUAUGUUUAUUCUGGUGCUUUCUUAA